ACUUGGAUUUAGUCAGCUUAUAAUUUUAAACCUCUGGUCCUACAUCCUAUGGCCGGCUUCUGUCUACUUUAUAUAUUCACGCUUUGAAAGCCUCCACUUCCACACUUAAAACCCAACCGUUUCAUGUUUUCUACGUUUAAACCAAUGGCCAAACGCUUCAAGCUAAAAUUCCCUAGCGUUAUUCAUUCACUCCAAUUCUGUCGCCCCAAAGACCCUUCCUCUUUCCCGGAAAAUCCAAUUCCGGCCACUUACCGUCUCUCUCCCACCAACCCCAAAGCCUUUGACAUCAGUUUUCCCAGCCUGGCAGGCCCACCACCUACACCAGAACGGUAUCCUUCAACCAAACGCCACGUGUCCUCCAAGAAUAUCAGGCCCAAACGCCGCAGUAGUUGUAAAUGCCAGCCCAGAUUAUCCACGCAGUUCCUCUUCUCCGAUUGCAGCUCCGAAUUCCCAGACUACAGUUGCAAAACGUCGUCGUUUGCGAUAACCGAGAGGUACUACUUUAAAGAGAAAAGCAAGACUAACACGAAGAAGAAGAAUGGCAAAGCGAGCACUAUCCGUACGAGUGUCUCGUCGGGAAAGACUGACUGGUUCAGCAGCGAAGGCGAGGAAUACGACGAGUGCAGAGCCUUAGUCGAUGAUUCUAGAAGCCUCUCGGAUGAAUAUUCCUCUAGCGAAUCGAGCAAUCCAUCGCUGGACACGUCAUACGAAAAACCAAACGUCGAAGCCAUUCGAUUGAAAAACAAGAAGAAGAAGAAGAAGAAAACGAACAACGGAACGAAGGUACGGAGACUGAAGCGCCAUCCUUCAAUGGACUGGAGAGGAUCGUGCUCGUCCAGCAUUGGAACGAUUACGAAAGCCGUAUCGACGACGCGGCAGGAGAUGAGCGAGUCCACGGUGUUGAGGCAGAGGAUGAUAAUGGGGCGAACGGUGGAAGGGAAAGCGAAAGAGAGCUUCGCGGUGGUGAAGAAGUCGAAGGAUCCGUACGAGGACUUCAAGAGGUCGAUGUUGGAGAUGAUAAUGGAGAAGCAGAUGUUCGAGGCCAGAGAUUUGGAGGAGCUUUUGCAGUGUUUCUUGACUCUCAACUCUCGCCAGCACCACGAGGUUAUUGUGGGGGCCUUCUCCGAGAUUUGGGAAGUUUUGUUUCCUGAUUCUUCUGUUAAACACCGUGUUAGAUAUUAAUAACUGAGGGGCCAGUAAUUAUAUGUUGUUAGAUAUUAAUAACUAUGAUUAGAGGCCAGUAAUUAUGUUGUUUUUUCAUUUCUCAUCUUCUCUUUUUAAUAUAGCGUAGAGUUUGUUAAAAGAAAUAUUAUACUCCAACGAACGAUCUGAUUGAGAUGAAGUGUAC